AGUUCUAAAGUCUGGUUUCCUUGUUACCGCCCUUGGGCUGAGAGAGUAGUGAAGACGGGUGAGGGAGUUUCUUACAUUUCCGACCAGGAAUAGGAGGAUAAAGGUUUAAAACGUGUGGAGAAUUUCCUUUAAGUACCUCACUCAAACUGGACGGUGGCUUCUCUGCGACGGGUAGUGUGAAUCAUGGCUCUUCCGUUUAAGAAAGAUCUGGAGAAGUAUAAGGACAUUGAUGAGGAUGAGAUUCUGGACAAGCUCUCAGAGGAGGAGCUCAAGCAGCUGGAGUGUGCUCUGGAGGAGAUCGACCCAGAGAAUGCUUUGCUGCCAGCUGGACUCAGACAGAAGGACCAGACCACAAAGGCAGCCACCGGUCCGUUUAACCGUGACAAACUCAUGCAGUAUCUGGAGAAGGAGGCCAUGGAGUAUAAAGACAGAGAAGAUGUUGUCCCCUUCACCGGAGAGAGGAAAGGAAAGGUGUGGGUGCCCAAACAGAAGCCAACAGAGUUGCAUCAGGAGGAAGCCACAACCCUUGACCCGGAACUGGAAGAGGCACUGUCCAGCGCUACUGACAUUGAACUGGGUGAUCUGGCAGCUAUUCUUGGAGUGAACACACUGGUGACAAGCACACAGAGUUACGAGUACACCGGUAAAGACGGUUAUAACAAUGUUAUUAAAGGAGAGAAAGUAAAGCCAGUUUUUGAUGAGCCACCAAACCCCACAAAUGUGGAGGAAACUCUACAGCGGAUAAAAUCCAACGAUUCCUCACUAACUGAAGUCAAUCUCAACAACAUAAAGAACAUUCCAAUCCCGACUCUGAAAGAGUUAGCCAAAGCCAUGGAGAGGAACACCCAUGUGAAGAAGUUCAGUCUGGCUGCCACCAGGAGCAACGACCCCAUCGCCGUGGCGUUCUCAGAUAUGCUGCGAGAGAACAAGACUUUGAAGAGUCUGAAUCUGGAGUCUAAUUUCAUCACUAGUACAGGAGUUCAGGCUCUGGUAGAAGCUCUGCGGGACAAUGACACACUCUCAGAGAUCAAGAUCGACAACCAGCGUCAGCAGCUCGGCACAUCAGCUGAGAUGGAGAUUGCUAAGAUGCUGGAACAGAACACGAGCAUUGUGAAGUUCGGGUACCACUUCACUCAACAGGGUCCUAGAGCCCGCGCUGCUGCGGCCAUCACAAAAAACAAUGACCUGGUGCGGCAGAGGCGAGUAGAGAGGGACAUGUAGACUAUUCUGUAUCUCUCUCUCUCUCUCUCUCUCUCUCUCUCUCUCUCUCUCUCUCGAGUAUUGUGCCAAACCCUCUGAGGGAGCUGUUUUACCUGAUGAAGGGACACAACUGGAUAUUUUCCCUCUCUAUUGUUAAUACUCAAUGAUCUUAUUUUGUCAUGUAAUAUUUUUGUUUAUUGUCAUUUGUUUUUACCACUGCAACUACUCUUUUUUUUUUCGUUCAGUUUUUGCAAAUGUAAAACCUUUUCUGCUCUUCUCUCUUUAAAAGUUAUUUUAAAACAAACUGGUUUAAAACAGUUACACACCUGUGCUAAUGGCUGGACUGGGUCAGAACCUGUCACCCACAUUGACUCUGAACAAAUCUAGACUCAACUUAACUGGAUCUGCUGUGUUCCCUGCUAAAUGUGAGCUUAAUCUAGAUGUGUUGAGUCUGGGUUUGGAGCACGGGUUUGAAGGAAUGCACACCGAAGUGUCGGCCAGUGAGAGUGUUGCUGAUCAUAAUGGACGCUCCUUAGAGAAGGUGAUCGACACUUCAGAAACCUUUGAAUUGAGUGUGUAAGAUGAUUGUGUGGCUGUAAUUCUAUCAGCACUGGCUUUUUGUGGAUGUCGUCAGGCAGCUUGAACUCUUGAGUUAAAUACCAUUCGUGCACUUUUUCAGGAAUAGAGGUUUGUUCUAGAACUACCAGUUUACUAACUCAAACCGCAUCACAUCUACAUUAACAUGCACAGCAAAAAAUCCUUUUCUUACUGAGUAUUACUGUCUUGGUUUCCUGUAAAAAUAUCCAAAAAAAUUCUUAAAACCAGAUCAAUUUACUUUAAGCAAAAUGACAUUUUUAUAUUUCCCAAUGGGGUAAGAAAAAAAACUUGAUUACAUAUUUAUAACCUAUUGGCAAUUAUUUUAUUUAUUUUUUAAGCAUAAACCCCACCAAAUUUUGGUAGAUUUCCUGAAAACAAGACUUAAUAUCCUGUCAUACUGUUUUACAAGUAUUUGUUUUUUCUCAAACAUUUUUGGAUGUUUUUACUGAAAAAUAAGACUAAAAUAAAAAUGUUCUUGCAGUGUGUGGUCCCAUGUGCAGCAACUGAGACAUUUUUCCACUGCAAAAUAAUUUUCUAAAUCAGUACAUUAAAAAAUUAAGAUUUGCACAUUUCAAUUUCAUAACAAAAUUCCAUCAAAUUUAAUUGAAUAAUUUUUUAUAAAAAAAAAAAAUAAAAAAAAAACUAAUCACACAAUUCAGUUGGAAUUUUGUUGUGAAAAUAAAAUGAGCAAAUCUUAAUAAUAUUAAUUAAAUAAAUAAAAAAUUUAAAUGUAGUUUUGUCUAGUUUUUCAUUAAAACAAAAUAUGCAAACCUCCUAAAAAACUAGUUAAAUGUAAUUGAGAAGCAUAAAAAUAUAAAUACAAGAUAUUAAAAGCUUGUUUUCAGAUAAUAUAGGCCUAUCUUGAAAUUGUUGAUCAUUUAAAUUUGGCAAUUUUUUCCCCCUUCGUUUUAAGCAAAGUAAAAAAAAAAACAACAACAACAUUCUGUCUAUUUUUAAGACUGACGUAUUUCAGUUUUAUAACAAAUUUCCAUUCAAUUGAAUUCAAUAAUCUUUAACAAAAUUAAACUAAUUAAACUUAAAUAUCUUGUUUUUUUUUUCUAUUAAAAACGAAGUUGAAAGGAAGCACUAUAAAACACACACACACACACACACACACACACACACACAAACAAAACCUAAACAAAACAAGUGUGAGAGUAAUGUAAUCUGUGCACUAUCUUAAAUUGAAUUACUUGAUGAUUAGAGUUUAUUGAACAUGAUUUGAUUCCCUGAAGGACUUCUGCCCAGGUAUCCUCGGAAUUUUACUUUCAACUCUUUCUCCCAAGACUCUUUCAAAUGUUAUAUAGACGAAGCAAAUGUUUUUUGGAAAAAAUGUAUAAGCUUGGGUACUAGACCUUUCUUAUCUGGGUCCAGGGUCAAGUAACUGUGAAAAUCGUCUGGGAAUUUGUACUCUUCAAAAUGAAAAAUAUUUGUUUUAAGGUAAUUACGAAUUUGUAAAAAACUAAAAGAUCAAAUUUUUGUCUUAAUUGAGUGAAUCUGUUCUUUUAUUUAAUUUUGUAAAAGAUUACUCAAUUAAAUGUUAUGGAAAUUUGUUCUCAAACUGAAAUGCGUAAAUCUUUACAAUAAGCUUAAAUAUUUUUUGAGUGUAAAUCUGACUACAUUUUGUUAAAUUUAUACUUAAAAAAAAAUUGCCAAAGGGAAAAGUUCAAAGUAUUUUGACCAAAGUAGUACUUGAGCAGUUUUACGCAUGCCGAUAUGUCUGAUGCAAUUGUGAUCGUCAGCACAGUACGCAUGGACUGUCCCCAUACGGGCUGAUUUUUCUAGAUGCACGAAGUCCUUGUCUUUGUGUGUCACCGGUGCAUGCACCUGCCAUUGACUGUACUAAAGAGUAUCACAAAGCACUUGUAAUGCAUAUGGCUCAAAUGCAUCCUCAUGGGCUCACUUGGAAGUGUAGCGCGCUGGAAAAACAGUGUAUACUUAUGAAAAAUAAGCUUCAUUCAAGAUGUAUACACUAAGCUUUUCAAGUAAAUUUUUCUUGUUUUAAUGAUGUUUAGAUAUUUUUACUGAGAAAAGACAAAAAUACUGCUUAAGAUUAAGAUCAUCUUUUUUUUUUUUUUUUUUUUUUUGCUGCAGUGUAUCAGUUUGUAUUGUAAAAUUCAUGCCUACUCCAAAGACACACAAGCUACUAUCAGGAUACAGGUGUCUGAGGAAUUACAGGGCUAAUUUAGGAUCAACGACCCAUUUUCAUCUAAUUUCAUAAAGACAUGGAAAGCAAAACUCAUUGUAGAUCAGCACUAAUAAGAACCUUGUCCCAUUUGACACUCAGGUGUGUAACUAAAGCAUCUGUGCAGGUUUCAGGUCCAAGGUUGACUGGUUUCACAUAUGGCUUAAAAACAAUAGACUUCUAAAUAGUUAUUCGCACCCAGCAAUGCACUAAGGGAAAUUUUUGUUAUUUUUCUAUGUAAUGUUGUUAUCAUCUAUAGAUUGAGAGAAGAGUAUCUCGACUGUAGUUAAAUCUGAAAUGGCUUUUCUAAUACCAUGCCAAAGACUAACACCUAAAUUCUCUCAUUUUCAUGACUGUAGCUGUGGUCUGACAGGAAGUUGGGGUUUUGGUUUCAUUUAUUUGCGUUUAUUAAGGAUUAGUUUGUGUAGGAUCUCUGUGCCUAGAGACAGAGAAUAUUUUAAGCACUCAACCUGUGCUGAUGAGGAAAAUAGGGAACUAGUUAAGAAAUGAGAGAGGCUAGAGAUUAUUUAAUCAUAAAUAACGAACAAUUCCGUGAUGUGCGGUCCUGGUGUAUACAGAACGGUGUAAUACCCCCCAACCCCCCCCCCGCCCCCCACGCACACACACACAUUCAUGCAUGUUUGCAUGUAAGGUAAAUCUUUAUCUUUUAUCUUCUAAAGCUAUCUAACAUGCUUUCAAAACAACUCAAUGUAAAAUACCAAUUAAUCUUUAUUGCUUGGCUUUUUCUGUGAGCUUGCACAUCCUGUGAAGUUCAUUGAUUGUGGACACAUGUAAUAUAGAGCACAGAAGCGCAUUUUUGAGAAAGGUGGUGAACCCUCUCUUUUAGAACAAUGUACAGCAUCUCUGAUUGAGCGAUCUGAGCAUGCCCAGUAUGGAUUAUAUAGCUGGAUUACACAGAGGAACAUGCUUCUAAUGCAAAUGUUUGGACCAACUUCUACAUUUUCUAUUUCUCAUGUUGUUUUAUUGUAUUUUGUUUUGUUGUUCUGUUGACAGAGCCUUGUGUAUCAAUCGACUCUGUCGACGCUGAUUUUGUCCUUUAUUUUUCUUUGUGAACAAAUGCUGAAUUUAAUGAAAUUGUGGGUUUGUGAUUUUUCAGGUUAUGGUUCAUGUUGCAUUCCAUGUUUAAUUGAUUAUGGGUUUAAUGGUUCAUGCUUUGCUAAGCUUGUAUUCAUAAGCAGGAGCUCUGCUGUCUUAACGAGUUUAUUUGAAGUAUCCAUCUCAAAUCCUCUUCAGAUGACUCCACACAUAUAAAGAUAUACAUCUAAAUAUCAUUUAUUGUACACGCCUCUUAUAAUGCCGAAAUUUUGUAUGUUAAUACUACGUGUCUGGACUCCAAAAGAGGAAAUCCUAUUAUGUACUGUUAAUAACACACAACUCUGUAAAAUGUCAGACGUUCUCAAUAAAAUUUAUGUUUUUACAAAUUCA